AUGAGGACGGGCAGCCGGCUGGGCGCGGAGAAUCAAAACCAGAACGAUCGCAGGAGCUUCAGCUGGGCGUUUGAUGUGGAAAUGUCUCGAAAUAACUCUACGCCACGUGAUCCUCCCAUUGUCUCCAGCCAGACUUGCGCAGGAGAGACGUUCCUGAGCCUGAACCUGAACGAGGACGACAACAGCCCGGAUGCCAGGCGUUUCCUCCGCUUCCAGCGCACCUUCUCAGCCUGCCCUGUCGCCCUCUCGGCUUCCGGCUUCGAAGGAACCGGCUGUGCAGUGCACCCGGCCGACACCGUCACUCCCCAUGCCACCGCGGCCGGUCCGAGCGACCCAGCGUGGCCCCUCCAGCAGCCGUGGGGCCGGGACUCUGAGCUGCCGCCCACGUCCCUCCAGCGCAUCCCCUUCCGGGCGGACCGCUCAACCAGCCUGAUCGAGGGCUGCUGCCGCGGCGACACCAAGCCGCCCUCGUCCCGCUACAAGACGGAGCUGUGCCGCACCUUUGAGGAGAGUGGCGUCUGCAAGUACGGGGCCAAGUGCCAGUUUGCCCACGGCGUGGCUGAGCUGCGGGGCCUCAGCCGCCACCCCAAGUACAAGACGGAGCCUUGCCGCACCUUCCACACCUCGGGCAUCUGCCCCUACGGCGCACGCUGCCACUUCAUCCACAACGCAGAGGAGCGCCGCGUGCCGCCCCCGCGGGCACCCUUGCCAACUCGCCACUGCCCCGCCGCUGACCCCCUGCCUGUGGGCCCCCGCCUUCCGGAGACCUCCUUCCCUCGCGACGCCCUGAGCCAGCCGACUCUCGCCUGCCCCCUCCGUGCCGCCGGAGCCACUCGGGGUUCCCUGUCCUGCCCCUUCGCCUUCCCAGCCCUACUGACGCUGCAGAAGAGCCUUUCCGCCGACUCCCUCUCCGACCAGGAAGACUCCGGGAGUUCGGGGGGCAGCAGUGGAUCAGAAUCCCCGGGGCUGGGCCCGCUGGGCCGGCGGCUGCCCAUUUUCAGCCAGAUCUCCAUCUCCGAUGACUGAAGGGGCGUUUCGAGGUUGGGAGGAGAAACUGAGGCAUGGAGAGAAAGAGGCGAGAUUUCCCUUGUCCGCUCCCAGAGAGAGCUGGAGGCAGCUAGGAACCUCUGCUCUUUGUGUGUGGAUGCCCACCUGACUUUCUGCCUCUGCUUAAAUAGGUUCGCUAGGUUUCCGCAUCAAUUCAAAAACCUCAUUGACCUGUUUAUCCAGAGGCAACCGUGUGUGUUUUUGUACGCCGUUGGGGGGCGAGAGGUGUGUCCUUCUCAGACCACUUCCAGCGCUCUUAAAAAUGGUCUGGUUUCUCUUGAUAUCCUGAGUUGUUUGGGAAGGCUCUUUUUUUUAUCCUGUCAAUGAUUUUAUUUUAUUUUAUUGUUUGAUAAAAAAACUGACGUUUCUCAAGCAAUGGACUGAGAUGAACAACUACUGCUGGUUUUCUCUGCUUGAGGGAGGGAUCGAGGAAAUUAUAUGCAGAGUGAGAAGGAUGUGGAACCACGAGAACAGGCAACGUCCUGCUUGCUGCGAUAGUUUUACAGAGAGUGGCCAGGGACAUGUGGGAAGUCUGGAGCAAAGCCGACUCCAUGGAACGUGGCGAGAUUUUUUGUGGCAUCCAGAAGGGUGUUGUUUUCUGCCAGGCUACUCACAUUUUCUCAGGGUCUCCUCCCCCAACUUGGUGCUCAUAUGUUGGACUACGACUCCCAUUAUCCGUAGUCAUCACUGCACAUGGCUGGGAAUUGUAGUCCAAAACCUCUGGCAUGGGCACCAAGUUGGGGAAAUCUGGCUUAGGGCCUUGGCAAAAAAAAUAUAUUGUGACCCGUGAAUUAUGGGGUUCUGUCUCUGACUCCAAAAGAUUUGCAGAACUUUAUUUCGAUACCAUUGUGAUGUAUUCAACCAAAUCCUACACAGAGUAGACCCACUAGCAUUCAGGGACCUAAGUCGGCCGUGUUCCUUAUCUCCAGUUGGUCUCCUCUGUGCAGCGCUAGCAUUGGAUCCGACCCUGAAUGUUGGCUCCUGUCUCCAUGCGAGAAGGAGCCGACAAAUCUGCAGCUACUUGUGCUUUUUUGUCUUUUUGAAGCUGCAAUAUGGAAAAACUUAAUUUUGGUGGUUGCCUUCCCCACCCCCCAAAAAAAAGCCUUAAGCAAGGGCUUUCCUUUGUGUUGUUUCAGCUGAGGAUCUGGCGGCAUGGAAAAAGGGAAAGCCAAGAACUUUCUGACUACGGGCAGGAAAGCUGGAGGGUGAAACUGACAGAAUGAAAAACUUAAACUGACAAAUACUCGCCUGCCAAGAUCAAGAUCUCUCUCUCUCUCUCUCAUUCUCUCUUUCUGUCUUUACUGAGGGGGUGGGAGAAAUGGGAGAGAAGACCUCAAAAACUGACCAGACGCCGAAAGCAUUUUUUAAUUUUUAAGGGAGCGGCGACGCAUUGGAAUCGGAACUCUUCCCACAAAUUUGAGCCCUUAGAGGAAAGAAUGUUGGAUGUUUCUGAAUGGCUGGGGGGUGGGGAGAAGAGAUUGUAUUAACGGCGGGUUUCGCAUUUUCUCAGGCCAAACACCCAAGUGCUUCUUAAUUUAUUCAUUUUUGCAGAGCAGGUUGGGAAGAAGAUGAGUUGGGUCCAAGGACGGAGGCCGCUGGGCAGUGCCAACUGGGAUUUUCCCAUCAGCCCUUGCGGGGUCUGAUGGGAGAUGCUGUCCUAAACAUCUAGAGGGACCCCAGAUUGCGUCUUGGGCUGGCCCUCCGGUUUUUGCAAUGGAAACAGCAGCCCUUGGCAUUCUUCUUUCCAUGGCAAGCGUGUGGCUUGCUUGGAAACUCUCGGUCGCACAAGUAUGUCAACACAACACUGGUUUUUUGGGCUCAUGCCUGGGUCUCUCGAGUGUUACCUGAUAAAAAAGAUCUAGAAAACAGUGUCUGCAGACUAAAAAAUGGGUUGAGAGGGGUUCCCCUUUACGCCUCUGCCCCGAUGCAAACGACAGAGCCCUGCUAAAACCUCGUUUUCCCUCAGAAAGUGGGUUGAGAUCUGUCUUUUGAAACUGCCUUCAAGUCUCCAAGAUUGAGGGGGGAGACGGGGCGGGGGGCGUUGUCUGUCUCCUGCAUUAAUUCGCUCAUCCCCUUAUUGCACAGCCGGUCUUCUUAAAGAGUCAGGCCACCUGUGCCCUUCACAAUAAUGCUUUUGUAGUGGGGACAGGAUUAGCCCCCAAGUUUGUGUGUGUGUUUUAAAAAAAGAUAUUCUCUUCAGUUGUUUUGAAGAAAGUGUGGUAUUUCCCCCACAGGGACGACGACGACGACUUCUUUUUCCCCUUUAAAAUAUAAGGGGGAAUUUUGCAGGUUCGGAUUACGUUGCAUGGAACAAGAGGAAAGGAAGGGUUUCCGUUCUCGAAUUCCCUUUCAAUCUCUAUUUGUGCACGAAUGAGGGUUCUCAUUAUUUUUUCAGGAGAUUGGUGGGCGAAUUGCACCUCUCCUAACCGAGCUAAUAUCUUUGUGCAUUGGAAAACAAUCCUUAAUCUCGUGCUGGUUUUGCAGCUCAUUCUUCCAAGGAAUGUUUGAUGUCUGGAGCACAGGAACACAUUGUGUCGCCUGAGAUUUCAGGCGAUUCCUACCUACACAAGUUCUGUGUAUGGAGAAAGCAUAUCAGGAGAUAAACUGUCUCCAGGGAGGGGAAAUCCAGGAUAGAGAACCUCUGAAUUGGCAAAACUCCACCAUGAAUCCUUAAUAUAUUGUAAGCUAUUUAUUGCAUCCUUUUUUAAAAAAAUAUAUGAACGUUAUUUCUGAUAUUUGGAACCAAAUAUUAUUUUUUUCUCCUUUUUAUAGAAGUGCAUAAAAGGUUCUUAGUUUAUCUGCUAACUUUAAAAAUUGAAAAAGCCAACGUCUGCCUUAAUUUGGUGUGUGUCGGGGGAAUAUUCAGUAUUAACUUAUUACUUGUUUGUGUCUUUUUAUUUAUAGAGUUGCCUCCCUUUCGUUAACGGGUUUCUGUGUUAAUCAGAACGACUUUUAAAAUGGAUGCGUCUGCAUUUCCGGUUUGAUCCUGUCGUAAUAAAGUCUGUCUUAUUUUAAA